UCUCCGGUCUAUGGCACGCGGCUAGCUGUGUGUAGUGCAGGUGUUUUGCAUAAGGGAGUUUCUUUCUGCUUUAGCGCCAACGGUGUGACCGAAGCUACCUGAAGUCAUGACUGACCAGGUGGCUGCCACGUGCGAUCAGCUGAUCAAAGCAGUGGUUAUGAUAAUGGACGCAGAAACAAUCCAAAAUUUACGAACGGAGGCCUUAAAGUUUUGUGAAGAGUUUAAAGAGACGAGCAUCCUCUGUGUCCCAUGUGGCCUACAAUUAGCUGACAAAACCCAGCCAGCUGUGGUGAGACACUUUGGUUUGCAAAUACUGGAGCAUGUCAUCAAAUUCAGAUGGAACAACAUGCAACAAGAAGAGAAAGUCCAGUUAAAGGAUUGUGCCAUGCAGCUACUAUCAAAUGGUACUCGUCCUAUCCUGGAGGAAGAGAGUCAUGUCAAAGAUGCCCUGUCUCGAAUCACAGUGGAAAUGAUCAAGAGAGAAUGGCCUCAAAAUUGGCCAGAUAUGCUUAAAGAGAUGGAAGCUCUCUCCAGCCAGGGGGAGGCACAGACAGAACUUGUCAUGAUGAUCCUUUUGAGGCUGGCAGAAGAUGUUAUCACCUUCCAGACGUUGCCCACCCAGCGACGCCGAGACAUUCAGCAGACGCUCACCCAAAACAUGGAUAGUAUCUUCAGUUUUAUAAUGGCCAUUCUGCAAAUUCAUGUUGAGGACUAUUGCAAAGUGAAACAAAUACCUGGACAUGAACUUCAGGCAAGAGCUCACUGUCGAGUUGCUGUCGCUACACUUAAUACUCUGGCAGGCUACAUAGAUUGGGUUUCUUUGUUGCACAUCACCUCUGGAAACUGUAAGCUGCUGGAGAUGUUGUGUCUUCUGCUGAGUGAACCGGAUUUGCAGCUAGAAGCUUCAGAGUGUCUGCUCAUUGCUUUGAGUCGCAAGGGAAAACUGGAGGAGAGGAAGCCGUUCAUGCUGCUGUUUGAUGAUGUGGCAAUUAACUUCAUCCUCUCUGCAGCCCAAUCAGCAGAUUGUCUCGCAAUAUCUCCAAGUUCCCUAGAAUCACAGGGAGUGGAGGUGGUGGAACGGCGGUACAUUUUUCUGAAGAGGCUCUGUCAGGUUUUGUGUGCCCUGGGAUUCCAGCUCUGCUCAUUAGUGGGUUCAAAUGUGAAAGCUGAAACUCCUGCAAAUCUCUGCAAGUACAUAGAUGCCUUAUUUGCCUUCACUAUGCAUUCCAGUGUGUUUUUAAAAUCCUGCACUGUUCCAAUCUGGACAACUUUGUUCAAACAUGAGACUCUGUCAAAAGUCACAGUCGUCGUAGAAAUGGCCAUGAAAUACCUCAAAGCUUCAAUGAGCUUUCUUAUUAGGUCUGGCUUCCCUUCUCGAAAUGACAGCCCAAGCUGUGGGUACUCUCGAAUGGACUUUGACAAUGAUCAAGACUUCAACUUGUUCUUUACAUCUUAUCGAUCGCAGCAGGGGGAUGUUGUGAGGUGUAUAAGUCGCAUCCUUCCACUAGAGGCUUUCCGGACAGCAGCAGACGUUCUUCGGUUUCAGAUUGCCAGUCCAAUUGAUCCUGGAGACGCCACAUCUAAGACUGCAGAGGGCAUGUGUUCUCUGCUGUCUCCAUCAGUCAUUCAGUGGGACGCAGCAACAGUCUUUAUGGAGGCUGUCAUGUCUCAGAUCAUUAAAAAUCUGGAGGAGGAGAAGCUGCCGAUUGAUGAGAGUAUGGCGCUGCUGCAGGUCAUACUGAACUACGAAACCAGAGAUCCGCUCAUCCUGUACUGCGUGCUCAGCAACCUCUUUGCCCUCUUCCCAUUUGUCGUGCACAGACCACAGUUCGUGCCACAAGUCCUCUCCAAGCUGACUAAAGUUAUUACAUUUGAAACUACAGUGAAAGAGAGGGCAUCUUGGACUCGAGCUGUGAAGAAUGUGAGGAGACAUGCCUGCUCUUCAAUCAUAAGAAUUUGCAAAGACUACCCACAGCAGCUCUUGCCUUUCUUCGACUUGCUCUACAACGAUGUAAAAAUGCUGUUUUCAGGCAACAUUGUGCUGACUUACCUGGAGAAAUGUUCAAUGAUCGAAGCUCUGGUGCUCCUCUGCAACCAGUUUAAAGACUUUGAGAAGCAAAAGGCGUUUAUAGACAAACUGGUGGCUCCAAUGAUCACAGAGUGGACCUCAGAGGAGAUGAAGAGUGUGAUUUGGCACCCUGUCAAGUUUCUGUCCUUUGUUGGAGCCGAUCAAGUGGUCACUGAGAAAAGUGACACGGAUGCAGCCAGCCUGAACAGAUGGCGAUUGAGCUUCUGCCUGUUCGCCAUGCUGGCGGUGGUGAGGCGUUCACGCUGGCCUGCAGAUCUAGAAGAAGCCAAAGCUGGGGGCUUUGUGGUGGGUUACACCCCUGCUGGAGCCCCCAUCCACAGAAACCCCUGCACCGCACAGUUCCUGGCCUUUUUUCCCAACCUACUGGCUCUAGCAAGGACUCAAAACUCUUUGUUCACACCAGAAAACUUGGCUCGUCUCAGUGAGACUUUCACCAGAGCCUUCGAUGUGAUGGAAGGAGAAAAGAACAUGAUUCUCAGUCUUUUUAAGCAUCCUCUGGAUAUUUACGGCACUCCUGUGCAAAAAAGCAGUCUUGAACACAUGCAGGGAUUUUUCAGCUCAUUAUACGAAAGCUGCUUCCACAACCUGGGCGCUGCAGCCGCAGCCCUGCAGCAGGACUUCUACGCUAUUGACAAGUUGUGUGAAGGAAUAACGGGGUCUGUUUUUUCCUCCCUCGAUCACUUAACUGACCACAGACUUCGCCCCAUGCUUCGACUGUUUGUGAAGCCGAUUGUGAUCUCCUGUCCUCCAGAGUUCUAUGAAAGCCUACUGUGCCCUCUGUUGGGUCCUCUGUUCUCCUACAUGUUGCAGAGACUUAACUCCAGGUGGCAAGUGAUCAGCCAGAGAACAUCUAUAAAUGAAGAUGAGGAGGAGCAGGAGCUCUGUCAGGACAGUCAGGUGACACAGGAGAUGUUGGAAGAGGAGAUUUUACGUCUUCUCACCAGGGAGGUUUUGGAUCUUCUCGUUAUCAGUUGUAUUUCCAAAAAAGUGCCUGAACCUGCAGCAAAUAAAGAGGAAAUUGAUGAAGAAGAGAUGAUGAUGAUGGAUUCAGCACAGUUGGGGUCUUCUCCGCAGCACACAGAGGAGCUGACUGAGUUUGGAAAAUGUCUGAUCAAAGAUGAGAACACCUACAUGUCUCUAUUGACGCUUGCUUUCACCUCACUGUCAUGGAAGGAUGCCACUAAUUGUCAUCGCACUGCUUCCAUAGCCUGCUGGACGCUUCUGCGUCAGGUUGUAGAUGGAAACCUUCUUCCUGACGCGGUCACAUGGUUUUAUACCAGCGUUCUCAAAGGACUUUAUAUUCACGGUCAGCAUGACAUCUGCAAUGCCACCCUCUCUAAUCUGGCCUUGCUCAUCUAUGAAAACCUGCGGCCUCGCUACUUGGAGCUGAGGACGGUGAUGACCCAGAUCCCAAACAUCCAUGUUGACUCUCUGGACCUGUUCGACCAAAGGCUCCUAGAUCCCAGGGGCAUUAAGUUUGGAGAUAAGAAAAAGAAGGACCAGUUCAAGAAGCUCAUUGCAGGAAUUGUUGGGAAAGCUCUGGGCCAGCAGUUCAGGAAGGAGGUUCACAUCCGCAACCUUCCAUCGCUCUUUAAAAGGCCGAAGCCAGACAAGGAUGUAGCGGAGACUGAAUCGCUGGGCCUCGCCGCGCUCUUCGCCCCUGAGAAUGAUGCCAUGUAGGAACAAGUGGACUUUGUACGGACUGCAAACGGACUUGUGCUUACAAACUCCAAAUUCAGCGCGACGCCCAUCGAAUCUCUCGAACCUUAUUUUUCAGUAGUUUCUUCAAACUGACAAACCACAAAUCUGUUCACCAGCCCCACGUCCGGAGCAGUUCAACACUCUGUAUACUUUGUGAAUCACCUUGUGUACUCCGCUCCCUUCUGUAUACAAUGUAAGAACUGGAAAAAGUCUCUGCUAUCAGGCUGUUGUAGGAAAAGAACAUGCAAAACAAAAGUAUUCGUUUACUCAAACGUGGUUUCUUUGUUGUAUGAAUGGGCUACAACUACACACACACACACACACACACACACACACACACAC